AGAGGAGCAGGGGAGCCUGGGAAGUGGGGAUGACACAGAUAGCAGGUCCUAGCCAGAGCUGCCGCUGCAUGUAGGAGAAACAACGGUGUCUGUGGCUCCCACCCUCCACGGGGGCCGGGGAAGGGGUGGUGUCAGGGGCAUGGACGCUACGCCCCAGGGGUCUCUGCUGCCGGCUACUCUCCUCUCCACGCGCUGUGAGUUGAGUUGCGGGGGACUUGGGUUUGGGCCCCUAAAUCCAAGGCAAGUGGGGGCUUGGGAACAGCUUGUUCCUGAGGGAGUUUUCACCAGAUCCUCUCCCACAAAAUAAACCCUCUCGCUGGCCAGCACUCCCCAGGGGGAGAAAGGGCAAUCCAGGAAAACGUGGCACUGGGGUCUUCCGGAGAGGGCUCACAGCAUGCACAAGAACUAAGAAGGAGCAGGCUGGGGGAACAGGGAUCUUCGGAGGGAAGGUGCCGAAAUCAAGGCUAGUUCACACUUUUACUUCCCCAAUGAGGAACAUGCGGCCUCCACUCAGGAAGACAGGAGGGGCCACGAUCAAAGUAAGGCCCACCUAGACGCCUGUGGCGAUGGAGAGCAAGACAAAUCUGGCAGCGAUCAGACUGUGGGGUUCCUCCCACCCCUGGGAAGACAGAUCUGUCUAAGCAGGCAGAUUGGGGGUCAGAUAACCUAAGACCCUGGGAAACAUCUGGAAGUCCAUCUGGGGCUGAUAGUAGGGCCCCCUGCGGCCGCCGCCAUGGCGCGCGCCGGUGCCCCCCGCUCCCCGGGCCGCGAGCCCCCGCGCCGCCGCGGCCGCCAGCGCUACGUGGAGAAGGACGGCCGCUGCAACGUGCAGCAGGGCAACGUGCGCGAGCCGGGCCGCUACCUGACCGACCUGUUCACCACGCUGGCCGACCUGCAGUGGCGCCUCAGCCUGCUCUUCUUCGUGCUCGCCUACGCGCUCACCUGGCUCUUCUUCGGCGCCAUCUGGUGGCUCGUGGCCUACGGCCGCGGCGACCUGGAGCACCUGGGCGACGCGGCGUGGACGCCGUGCGUCAACAACCUCAACGGCUUCGUGGCCGCCUUCCUGUUCUCCAUCGAGACGGAGACCACCAUCGGCUACGGCCACCGCGUCAUCACCGACCAGUGCCCCGAGGGCAUCGCGCUGCUGCUGCUGCAGGCCAUCCUGGGCUCCAUGGUGAACGCCUUCAUGGUGGGCUGCAUGUUCGUCAAGAUCUCGCAGCCCAACAAGCGCGCCGCCACGCUCGUCUUCUCGUCGCACGCCGUCGUGUCGCUGCGCGACGGCCGCCUCUGCCUCAUGUUCCGCGUGGGCGACCUGCGCUCGUCGCACAUCGUCGAGGCCUCCAUCCGCGCCAAGCUCAUCCGCUCGCGCCAGACGCUGGAGGGCGAGUUCAUCCCGCUGCACCAGACCGACCUCAGCGUGGGCUUCGACACGGGCGACGACCGCCUCUUCCUCGUGUCGCCGCUCGUCAUCAGCCACGAGAUCGACGCCGCCAGCCCGUUCUGGGAGGCGUCGCGCCGCGCCCUGGAGAGGGACGACUUCGAGAUCGUCGUCAUCCUGGAGGGCAUGGUGGAAGCCACGGGAAUGACUUGCCAAGCUCGGAGUUCCUACCUCGUGGACGAGGUUCUGUGGGGCCACCGCUUCACGUCAGUGCUCACCCUGGAGGAUGGCUUCUAUGAGGUGGACUAUGCCAGCUUCCACCAGACCUUUGAGGUGCCCACGCCCUCGUGCAGCGCCCGGGAGCUGGCCGAAGCCGCUGCCCGCCUCGACGCCCAUCUGUACUGGUCCAUCCCCAGCCGGCUGGAUGAGAAGGUGGAGGAGGAGGGGGCCGGGGAGGGGGCGGGGGCAGAGGCUGGCGCUGACAAGGAGCAGAACGGCUGCCUGCCGCCCCCAGAGAGUGAGUCCAAGGUGUGACCCGUUCCCUACAGACCCCUGUGGCAGGGCCAGACACUGGUACCCGGGAGCUGGAUGUCAGAGGCCGAGAAGGAGGCAGGCAAGAGCCCUGGGCAUGUGCUGAAGCUGGGGAGCCCCCUCGGAAUCUUAAGCCUAGAAUCCAGUAGAAGGGAGGGCAUCUGAUUCCAUGGAGGGUGGGGACGGGCGAACAUGCCAGCCUGUGUUUGUCCUUCAUGUCUGUUCAGGGGUGGAUGGCUGGAGCGAAAGGUGGACUGCUGUGGGCCACAUGGGGAGGUGGUAGCGGAGUGAGGGCUGCUGGGGGCUCCGUAAACCGGCAGACAGAGGUGGUGCACUCGGGGCUGCUGCUAACCCAGAGAGAAGGACUUGCAAGUUCUAAAAAGGCACCCUUUACCCCCAGGCCGAUGCCACCCCAAACCAGCGUACACAGCGUGGGGAGCAGAGCGCGGGCUAGAUUUUAGUCCCCCCUCGUCUCCUCGGCCAGCCUCCGGUGUAUGGCACACCUGUCUCGCUGGACACAGUGGCCGAGCUGACCCAGAGGAGAGGAGGCUAGAUGGUAGGUGGGCAGAGAUGAGGGUCACCAUGGUGAUGG